AUGGGCAGUAGUGAAAGAUGGAUGGCAACAGUGGCAAGCAUAUGGAUACAAGCAAUCGUGGGUGGUUCCUAUGCCUUCAGUGUAUACUCACCUGCUAUUAAAUCCUCCCAAUCCUACGACCAAUCCACCCUCGACACCGUGUCCGUCUUCAAAGACAUUGGUAGCAAUGUAGGUGUCCUUUCUGGCCUCCUGUUCGCCACUGUCACCGCCUCCUCUAGACCUCGCCACUGGCGUUGCUUCCAUGGACCCUGGGUGGUCCUCGCGGUGGGUAACAUCCAAUUCUUUUUGGUUUACUUCUUAAUGUGGCUCGCAGUUGUUGGGUUCAUCCCUCGGCCUCCUGUACCUCUCAUGUGCCUCUUCAUGUUCCUAGCUUCCCAUGGUCCAACGUUCUUCAGUACUGCCACUGUUGUCACUGAAGGAAAUAAUGCCCUUGAUUACAGUGGGACUAUUGUGGGGAUCAUGAAGGGAUUUCUUGGACUUACUGGAGCAAUCUUAAUCCAAAUCUAUCAAGCAUUUUUCAAUGGCAACCAGAGCAACUUCAUCCUAAUGCUGGCUUUGUUGCCAACUACAGUCACUUUCUCACUAAUGUGCUUGGUGAAAAUCUGCCCAGGAAGCGGAUACAAUGACAAAAAGCACCUGAAUCGCUUCUCUAUAAUUUCCUUGAUACUGGCUGCAUUUCUUAUGAUCACCAUAAUAUUGGAGAAUGUAAUUGAGUUCCCUCAAUGGGGACGCCUCGUUGCACUGAUAGUUCUUUUUAUGUUGCUUGGUUCACCUCUUAAAAUUGCUCUAGAAGCUAUUAGCACUGAAAAAUCGGACACACUGCUUGUGGAAAGGGAACCAUUACUCGACAGUAUUUACUUGAAUGAACCUGAGAAAUCUGUGGAUGGGAAGGAUGAGGAAAGCAAUGAAUUAUCUAGGACUUUAAAUGACAUUCUACCAGCCGAAGAAAACAUGGAUAUCAUAAAGGCUAUGCAGAGCUUGAACUUUUGGUUGUUGUUUGUUUCUAUGUCAUGCGGAAUGGGUUCAGGGCUUGCUACCAUAAACAAUCUCAGCCAGAUAGGGCAAUCACUGGGUUAUGAUACAGUGAAGAUCAAUACUCUGAUUUCUCUAUGGUCAAUAUGGAAUUUCCUAGGUCAUUUUGGAGCAGGGUACAUAUCUGAUGUAUUACUGCGCCAAAAAGGAUGGACACGGCCAUUGAUGGUUGCAAUCACUCAAGCAACUAUGAUUGCAGGGCAUCUCAUAAUUUCUCUGGGUUUCUCGGGGAAUUUGUACAUUGGAACUACCCUGGUUGGGAUAUGUUAUGGUGCUCAGUGGGGUCUAAUGCCCACUAUUACUGCAGAGAUAUUUGGUGUGAAGCACAUGGGUACCAUAUUCAAUACCAUCGGUAUAGCAAGUCCCAUUGGAACUUACAUCCUCUCCGUACGGGUGAUUGGACAUAUUUAUGACAAACAUGCAGGGGAGGACAAUUCUUGCUAUGGGGUUCAUUGUUUCAUGGUAUCCUUCUUUAUCCUGGCAUCUGUUAGCUUUUUGGGAUUUCUUAUUUCUCUGACAUUGUUCUUCAGGACAAAGGAAUUUUACAAGUCUGUUGUGCUAAAAAGAUUACGUUUUCGUUGA